AUGACCUGUGGGUGGAUAUACGGCGCACGAUCCUCCAGCGGUGUCAAAGCGAAACAGACACCUCUCCCGCAUCAAACAACUGCACUUUUAGAAAGAGGUACAUCAGUGUUCAAAACGGAUGCAGAUAAAAUGAGAAGAAGUCGAGGGACAGCCUUCCGAUCAAAUGGAGCCGCAAUACCCGAUUCUCUCUCUCUCAUACGUUCCUUCAACCUCGAAACAAAUCCCACGCGGCCAGUACGCCCAUCUCCCCUAACGGCUUCCACCAUUCCAGAUAUGCCACUUGAUCUAGUUGAUCGUAUUAGAUCUUUUCCUCUUUUCUUAUCAGCGCCAGAUACGUUUUUGACAGCUAUUGGGAAACAUUUACGACCGCAGGUCCAUCCACCACACGAUCAUAUAUUGGCUGAGGGAGAUGAGGCAAAAGCGAUGUACUGGCUUGUGCGUGGUGCUGUCGCUGUUACUUCUAGAGAUGGAGAGGCGACAUAUGCAGAACUAAAACCGGGAGCCUUCUUCGGAGAAAUUGGAGUAAUUAUGGAUGUUCCACGAACUGCUACUAUAAUCGCUAGGACGAAGUGCUUAUUACUCGUAUUAAAGAAGGAAAAUCUUAGAGCUGAGCUACCCAACUUCCCUGACAUGGAAAGAGCAAUCAUUGAAGAGGCGCAGGAAAGAUUAACAAUUCUUAACAAAAAGCGGAUGGAGAGCGGAUUUGGUCCCAAACUUGUCAGCACACUACCAUCAAGAGGAGUUAAAACACGAGAAUCUGUACCUGGAGAAGUUUCGACUGGAGAUAUCGGUGUAAUCGAAAAAGGACUAGUUAUUAAUACGAAAAAACGAAAAUCACCUGGCCCACAAGCUAUUGAAGACCCUACAGCUGGAAGUGCGCUUGGAAGUGGCUUUGUAAACAUAAGAAGAACUUUGAAGGAGCUACCUUUAUUCUCAAAUCUCCCACCAGACAUUCUACACUUGCUGGGUCUAAGUGCACAGCCAAAAACAUACCCACCAUUUACCGAUAUCCUUCUGCAAGGCUCCCAAGGCAAUGAGAUAUACUUCAUUGUAAGAGGCGAAGCUGAGGUGCUACAUGAAAAUUUAAAUAAGAUUAAUGACAAUGGCUCUUAUCUCCGGCCCAGAUUAAAGAAAGGGCAAUACUUUGGGGAAGUAACGAGUUUAUCUUUGGCUUCUAAGAGGACUGCUACAGUUAGAGCCAUUACCACUGUGGAAUGUCUAAUAAUCAGUGGCGAAGUCCUCGAGGAGCUUUGGCGUCGGUGCCCUCCGGAUGUAAGACGACAAGUUGAAAAAACAGCAAUUUCUCGGAUUGGGCGACAGGAUGAGGAUACAUUUAUGUCAGAGGCUGGCCCAAUAGAAACGAUAAAUGUGCAUUCAGAUCAAACAAAGAACACAGAUUGUAAAUCAACCUUAGCGGAAGCAGCAUUCAUCCCAUGGAAACCGCCAAGUCGUCAUAUAUCUAGUCGAGCUGACAAUGUAGGUGCAAAAGAGCCAGCUGUGGAACCGUUUGACCCAGACCCUUUUCUCAGCGUGAAUAUAGAUAAUAUGAAAACCCGAACAAGGAGAGGCUCAUGGGCACCUCCAACGCACGAGAGUAUUUUAACACAAAUUAAACCUAUCAUGAGAUCAAAGUCGCAAAAUCCCACGCCGAUAAAACCAUCACACCCAUCUACACCCUAUUGUCCUAAGAGGCCUAAAACAGACCAACGCUUGUCCCAUUGCGGGACCCUACCUGAUAGCAUUCUCAUCACAAUUUUUUCGCAACUAGAUAUUUACCAGCUAAUGCGCUUACGCUUGAUCUCUUCGCAUUGGCUAAACUUAAUUACUAACUCUCCCCUUCUCUGUCACAAUUUAGAUCUCUCUCUUUUCAAUCGAUAUGUAACCAACACAGUUCUUAUUCAAUCUAUAAUACCUUUCAUCGGUGCCCGCGUUAAGAGAGUUGAUAUAUCUAACUGCUACCAUAUUACCGACGAGGGGUUCAUAGCCCUUUCGGCACGUUGUGGCGCUGAGGCCACGGUGUGGAAGAUGAAAUCAGUCUGGGAUAUAUCAGCCAAUUCUAUUUUGGAAAUGGCAAAUAAUGCCAAAGAUCUCGAGGAAAUAGAUCUUUCUAAUUGCAGAAAAGUUUCUGAUAAUCUACUCGCUCGUAUUGUGGGCUGGAUUGUCUUUGAUUCUACUCCUACUCCGCCGUCAAAAUCUCACAGUCUAGAACAUGCCACGAAGGCAUCGCUGACGGUUCAGUCGUCGCCUGUAUGCACUGUAUUUGGAUGUCCUAAACUAAAAAGCUUGACUUUGUCGUAUUGUAAGCAUGUUACAGAUCGUUCGAUGGCCCAUUUAGCUGUUCACGCCCACAGUAGACUUGAAAGCAUUGAUCUCACUAGAUGUACAACUAUUACAGAUGCUGGCUUCCAGCACUGGAGUGUUUAUCGAUUUGAUAAGCUGCGGAGAUUAAUACUGGCAGAUUGUACCUACUUAACAGAUAAUGCUGUCGUUUACCUUUGCAACGCUGCUAGAGAGCUGCGGGAGUUAGACUUGUCCUUCUGUUGCGCUCUUUCAGACACAGCCACUGAGGUUCUUUCGCUUGGCUGUCCUCAUCUUUCUAGACUUAAAUUAUCAUUCUGUGGUAGCGCUGUUUCUGACUCAUCAAUGCGCUCCAUCGCCUUACAUCUCCUAGAACUAAAGUAUCUCUCCGUUCGGGGCUGUGUACGCGUCACUGGUAUUGGGGUUGAGGCUAUAGUUGAAGGUUGUGGGAUGCUCGAAUUAUUAGAUGUCAGUCAGUGUAAGAACUUACAGCCUUGGCUUGACAAUGGUGGGGAGGAGAGGGCAAAAAGUCGCUGGAGAAGUACAGGCGGCGGCAAGCCAGUGUUCCAGACAUUAAAGGGUAAUUGCAGUGCCAAAGGGGAUGCAUUGAGUUUGAGAUGA